UCCGUAAAGUGAAGAUGGCUGAGAACGCUGUCGGUAACGAUGCAAGCAUGCGGCGCUGCAAGGUCGUCUGCGAGGACGACGGCAGCCACCGCAGCAACCAAGACGACGAGCUGCCUGUUGACGACGCCCACGAAGCGCUGGCCAAGGAGGUCUACCUUCUGCGCAAGGAGCGCGACGAUCUCCAAGGGGCGCUCAAGGCCCGCGACAUGGAGCUCACCGCGCUCCGCGAGCGCUACGAGCUCUUGCUGACCGCGGUCGAGCAGCAAGACGAAGCGAUCGCCGCCAUUUAUGCGACAACGGGCGCGCCCAAUGCGACGCAAGCGCUCGAGCAGUACUCGGCGAUCCGCGAGUCGUGCAUGCUGCUCACGGCGCAAAAGAAGAUGGGGCGCACAGCGCACGAGAUGCUCCAGGCGCACUUGGACUCGAUGGGCUUCGAGGGCCUCGACGUGGCGCCCGUCGUGGCCGCGCUCCAGGAGCAAAACCCCGGUAGCAGUGGCCGCCACGACCUCGCGCUGCUCAACUCGGCGCUGGACCAGCUCUUGUACGCACCGAGUUCGUCCAACAACACGAACGACGACAGCGCGACGACACACGAAGCCUCUUCGCUCUCGCAUCUCGCGACCACAGGGUUUCUUCGGCGCAAGAGCGGCCGCCUCAGCGUCAGCGACUUUGGUCUUCUCGAGACCAGCAGUCCGCGGCGCAACUCGGAUCCGCUCUUCACUGACGACGACGACGACGCGAUGGCAUCGACGCCGGAGGCGCAGAACGAGCCGGUCGAAGAGCUCACGUACAAUGGGUUUCUCGAGCGCCUGAGCCUUCCAGGGUCCCGCGAUCUCGUGGACCAUAUCCGCCGCUUCUUGGGCUCGAUCCUAGGGCCGCGCGGUGACGGCCAGCCACCAACGUCGAGCCAUUUUGUCGACUACCCGUUCUGCGGCAACGCCGACUUUCAAGCGCGCUGCGAGGGUUUCUUCCGCAGCAUCAACGAGCUCCUCGCGCAACACCCGGCGUGGCGCCACGCCCCCGAGCCGACGCUCGUGGCGGCGCGCGACGGCAUUGAGAAAUACGUCAUGGACAAGCUCGCCGACAUUCCGCUGACGCAGCUCCCGCGCAGCCUCGAGUGGCGGCAAGAGGACGCGGUGCUCUGGCGGCGCAUGCAGACUCUCUCGUUUGUGACGCCGGAUAUGCUCGACAUCAAGCCGUGUAUGCGCAACGAGGUCGUGUGGUCCAUCGCGACGGACGAGCUCCGGCGCAUGAACGCCGUGCGGUCGCCUGGCGACAAGAUCCACUGCAUCGUGCGCUGCUGCAGCAUCAUCUUUAGCGUCCUCAACCUCUCGCGCGGCGACGACUCACUCAACCGCCCGGGGGCCGACGACUUUUUGCCCGUCUUUAUUUACAUUGUGCUCCACUCGCAGAUCCCAGGUCUCUACUCGAACGCAGAGUACAUUGCCGCAUACCGCCACCCGGCCGAUCUCAUGUCCAAGGCGGGCUACUGCUUUGUCAACCUUCGGAGUGCGAUCGAGUUCAUCUUGGUGCUCGAUGCGUCGAUGCUGACGAUCGCUCCGGACGAGUUCAACCGAUUGCUCGCCGAUGCCGAUGCCGCCUUGCCACCGGGCACAGACGCCGUGACCGCCAGUACCUAGUAAAUAUGGUAGUAGUAGUGUGCAGUAUGAUAUACCCUAGCGUCCUAUCUGCAUGUACCGC